GAGUCUUAUUUUGAGCUAAAACAAAAUGAAAACAAAUGUGCCACAAGUGCCUUUCGGUGGGUUUAAAAAGUUUUCAACUGAAAUGUGCGAAUUCGCUUGGCGUUUAUCGAGCGUCUAAGGGUCCAACUUUGAACGCCUGGCGCUCGUCUCGACGUUGCGUGCCCGUCUCGGCGUUCUCCUCGACGUUUUCGUCGACGUUCUUGGCCAUCCCUGGGUGGAUAACGAGUGGAAUCCACUUCCAAGCAAUGUGCCAGGAUGCACGAGCUGCUGGCACAAGUUCUGGAGAACCGAGACCUGUCACGGGCAGGUGACCUGUUCUCUGUGGAGGACCAGAAGAUUGUGGGUGACCUGUCGGAGGUGCUGACCAAGAUUCGUGACAUUGCCAGUGGCUCAGACUUCCUUCACAGUGACAACAUCCAAAGUGUGGUUGAGAUCUGCAUCACCAGGGUCACGUCAGCCAUCCGGGACACUGGGACCAUAGAGCAACAUGCACAUGCUCUGGUUGCACUGUUGGAGUCUUGCUUAAACCACGAUCUACGUCCCUCAUCAAAAGAUGAAGAUCCACCACACGCUAAGAUUGCUUCCGACAUCGUCAGCUGCAUUUUUCUGAAUCAUAACAAGAAGUCAGUAAUGAAGCUGGCACUUCCUGUGGCUAUCAAGUUUCUGCACCGAGGCAACAAAGAACUGAGUCACAACCUUUCCCGCUAUCUCUCGCUGGCUGCUGUCAACAAUGCAGAGCUUCUGUCCCCGCACGUGCAGCCCAUUGUGGACAGUGUUAUCAGUGGCAACUAUGCCCUUGCUCGGGUGCUGCCCUCCAUUUAUGUUGUGAAGAAGGAGCCCAUCCACGACCAUCUGAUGGCGCUCAUUUCGCUGCUGCCCUUGUGUGAGAGCUCUGACAAGCUCAACUUGCUUGCCCUCUUUGAGUUGGUGGCCAAGCACAAGCCCUCUUUGCUGGAGAGCAAUGUGCCCCAGCUGAGCAGUUGCCUAGGCAGUCCGACCACGACGGGCUCUGUGCUGAAGAUCUUCCAAGAGCUGGCAGCAGCUAAGCCCCAGCUGUUUGCCGAGUACUUGCCCAAGAUGAAGGCAGUGGCUCUUGCUCAACCAGUCCAUCUCACCUUGGUGGCACACAUCAUGGCUACUGUGGGACGGCUGAGUGCAGAGCGUGCCCAGGAGUGCUUGGAGUUUCUGGUCAGCCAGCUGUCCAAAGGGGACCACAACACACAGUUGGCACUGCUGCGAGAAGCCAAGCACCUUGGAGAUGCCUUCCCUGCAUUGCUUGCCCCUUGCUUACCACAGAUCUGCAGUCAGCUACCGGAGCCCGUGGCCUCAUCCACAAUUCGCUUUUAUCUGCACCAGCUAAAAGCAGACGCAGCCACAGCAGCCCACAGAGCACAAGUCGUAAACCGGACAGGAGGCGUCACGAUUGUCAAAGUCGGUGGCAGUAGGCACGACCUUUCAUCCAGCCGGGGUGCCACCAUGCCGGCAGUAGCGACCGGGCGUACGCCAGUGGGCAGUGCUGCUGCCAGUCAGGCUUCGAGGGCAGCUGGCCUGCUGGGCUCUUCGUCACAGGAGGCCAGUGCCCGUUCCCUGGGCCACCUGGGUUCGGGUCAGCUGGCCCACCGGAGUAUGACCCGCUUGCCCUCAGCAAACCACAUGCACCACGCUCCCCAUGCUCAGAGCAAUAGCCGGCUGAGCUCUCCCUGUGGCCUGCAUAUGAGCAUGUCAAAGCUGAGCUCCAACUCUCCUGUCAACCGGAGUCUCUCAGCACUCAACAGCCGACACAACCUGAGCUCGGUCCCAGCCGCGCACACAAGCCGGGUGUCCAGCUGCGGUGUCACCGUCACGACCACUUCAGCCCACAAGAGCAUGAGCAUUCCAACACUGAUAGAAGAAGCGCAACCAUCACCAGUGAUAGGUCGUCACCCAGUCCUGACUGUGUCCAUAACCAGCAACGUGGCAAGGCGGGGACCUGCAGACCUGGCUGGUGGGGGAGGCUCCUCCCCGAAGGGGGCGGUGCCCAGUCCUUCUCCACCUCCUCUGGGCCCCACCCCCUCCUGCUCCUCCUCAUCUGCCACACCUCCACCCUAUGCAGAAGGGGGAACGUCGUCGUCUUCACGCCUCGGCGCACCGAACAGCGGCUCGCUCAGCUCGGGCUGCAACCAGCAGCACUUGAAGGGCAGCGGUGGAGGCACAAGCUCAGCUACUGAGGAUGAAACUGUGCCAGUAGUGCCACGCAAGGUAGUGCAACCCAAUGCACAGAGGAUAUCAGUGUUUGAGCCAUACCCCAUGAGAGAUGCAGUGCAACACUUUUGUGAGAAACAUCUAGACAAGAUCAAAGCAUACAUGCAGACCAUUUUCGUCAAGCUCCCGCUGCCAUCCAAGUGCACCAUCGAAGAAAGGCGCGCCAAGAAGCAUGCCAUUCUUCAAUUUGCCUGCCAGGGGAAAGGGGAGCACUGUCUGUACAACAAGAGCCUCUUUGUCAUGAAAACCAAGAAUCCACGCAUAUGGAUCCACCUCAUGUUCCUUGCACUCCAGGCUCGUUCCACAAGUGCCUUAAGUACGCGAGAGUCGUCUGUGAGUAGCCUGAAAAAUUGCUGGGACACACUGAAGUAUGAUAACAAGUCAUUCCUAGCCUUGGUGACCUCAUCAUUUCCUUCUGCAAAGGACCAGGACAACCUGAUAGCUGAGCUGCGCAGUGAGCGUUUCUUUGAUGUGUUCGAGUACAAUGGGCCACUGACCCUGUGGGGCUGCUUCCUGUGCAACCACCCCGACCGGGCCCAAGGUUUCCUCCAGGAAGGUGGCGAGCCCGUCAUUGAGGGGCAACUGAAAGAGAAAAAAAGGAAAUGGAAGCUGUUUCGACACUGGAGAACGCGCUACUUCACGCUUUCGGGGGCACAUUUAUCAUACAGGGGCCUGAAGGAUGACAAGGAAGUACAGCCCAUUGAAGUGAGCCAGAUCAGGAGUGUUCGCCCAAUUGGGAGCCGUGGUCGCAACAUCCCCAAAGCCUUCGAGAUCUUCACUUCGGACAAGACCUUUGUGCUGAAGGCCAAGGACAGUAAGAACACUGAGCAGUGGGUGCAGUGCUUGUCCAUUGCCCUGGCUCGCUCACACGCCAAGGAGGUUGCUCACUGACGCUUCGCAUUUGCCUCGUUUGUUUUUUCUCUUUUCUUUUCCUUGUGAUACUUGAAAGUUAAUGCAGACAAAGAGCCAAGUGUUGUGAUGGAAAACCCAGCACUUUGAAAGUUGCGUUUCGAUAUACGAGACAAGGCAAUGAACUGACGCAUCCUAUCAUUAUCUGCCUUCUCUAUUAUCACAGUGCUGUUUUUCACAAUGGUGAGUUGCCAACUUGCCCCAGAAGCUUUCAGUUCUCAUGAAACACCGCAUGUUCCAUGGGAAGGGUUGCUUGUCUUCCGUCAUCUUGACAUUCUUGUUAUGCAAAACAAAGUAUAUAUUGUGCAGCCUUAAAGAGGAGAUAGUAUUUUCAAGGUUACAAAUCUGCUAUUGCAGUGCAGUUGAUGCAUUUAUAUAUUAUAUAUAUAUCAGAAUGCCAGUGUGCCUGCCUCUUCAUGUGAUUUUUACGGCUCAUUGAAGCAGACACUGUUCUGUCAGCACUGUUCAAUGAAUUAUUUGCCCCACAUUUUAAAUUGUGCUCAUCUGUAGCGAGAACUAGUUUUAUUAGCCAUUCAGCUCUUUAAUCAUUCAUUUAAAGCCCCUCACCAGCUUAGGGAAUUGCAAACAAAUUAUCAUGGUGUGCAGAUCACAUGGUGACAGUCGUGUCUGCGAAGUGUGAAGCGACAUCUUGAUGCAAAAUGGUCAAAAUUUGAAACAGAAGGCCACAGGCCUUCCCUCUCGAACAAGUCAUGCUUCAAGCGAGAGUCAAGGUCACACGCAGAAUGCCCUUGAUGCGAAAUGCACUGUUUGUAAUGUGACCUACCACAGCAAGUGACUUUUGUUAAUCAUCUAAUGUUUACUGUGCAGUGCGCCCGAUCCAUUACGUAGGAGAAGACAGAGAAAGGACACCACUUGCUAGCUGAGGCACAGACUGAGAUUUCUUCUCUUGAAAGUGACUGUUGGCAUGGUAACAGGGCGGUUCAGUUAUUCCGUCUCCUCCAGCAACAAAAUAGUGGGAAAAUUACUUUCAGUAAAAUGCUCCCUCAACAAAGUGCCUUGGAAUUUCCAAUGUGUAGCCAGAAUUUGCAGUGGCGACUGGUGAGGGGCCCUUUAAAAAACAUUAUAGAAUAUCUCCAUGCUUUUAUCCAUCUUAAUCAUUUAACUGGUUUUUGUGGUUCUAAAAAGAUGCAUAUGCGACAGCAAUGCAAGUGCAUGGGAGCUUGAAUCUGGCUACUAGUUAAUUUUCAUUCGACAUGGCAACAAGCAUGGGCAUAUGUUCGCAUAUCUGGUUCCAUCAUCUGUGCUCUUUGCUGCUUGGAAUCUUCUUCCCAUUGAAAGCUUCUUUUUCAGGCAUAUCCACACAGCCUGCUUUACAUGCAUGCUUACUUCAACCAAUUAUUAGCUCUUUUUUUUUCAUUUAUGAGCAUGUGCAUGGCAUGCUACAGUACAAGCCCAAUGUAGAGCUGUCACAGUUCAUUCAAUUCACGUUGUUGUACUGAGAGAAAUUCGGUUUUUGCAUCCAUAGCAGCACUAAAACUUCAAGUAGGCAUGACUAGAAACACUAGACGUUGCCAAGAUGCAAUUCGUUCCUCAAUGCAAAGUUUCCUGGAGCAUUUCAAGACAGUUUUUGUGGAUGGCUGUAAAUGUAUGAAUGUGUUUGCCUCAUUCAGUUUGCAUUACACGUGAGAAGUAGAAAUGGUUGCGGAAAUUAGCGUCCAGACUACACAUAUGCUUUCUUGCUUUUGCAAGUUCACGUCUACAGGCCUCUGUGUUUCCAAAGGAUGGCUCAAAGCAGCUCACGCGUGUUGGUGCAUCUGCAGGCAUGCAGUUCGCACCAGAAAGAUACAGACAGGCAUUUGUGUUGGCUUGCAUCACCAUUACCCUUGAGCCAUGUGACCAACAGAGUUUAAUCGGAGAAGGCAGUCUGAACCACGACCUACUGUACUCCUGACCUGCACUAAUAGUGGGCUCCUAUGGGAGCACAUGUCCCCGCUCUCGUUCAACCGCUCGCCGUUGGUGGCGCUUCCUACAACCUGUUCAUCUACAACUCUGCGGCCUUUUUGACGGCGUUGGAGUCAGAACGCCCGCAUUCUGUGACAAACUGCCGGCAUAUAUGUGACUGUUUUUGCAAACUUAAACAGAGGGCUAAGUAAGAUAUUCAUUGCGGUUAAAUAUUUAUUGUAUAGCGGCUGAAAACAUCUGUAGCUGUAGACUAGCAUGGUGUGGGACUGCCUAUAUGAUGCUGUGCCCUUAUAGAAUGCAAAGAAUUUCUAGAUCACUUCUCAUACCUUUAUUUUCGAGGUAUUUUGCAUUUCUGCAUAAUAAUUACAUGAUGUAAUUGCUCUGUGCUGGCCGAAACUGCCCCACGAGUGCCGAGGCUGACGUGAGCGAACAGGUGCUGACUAGCACCAUGCUGCUCGUAGGUUACGUCCCUAGUGGCCAGAGGUAUGAAUUAGAACAUGGGCACUGGAGAGGGGACAUAUCUGUGCAGGUCAGGAGUACAGUAAGUCAUGGUCUGAACAGUGUCUUGGCCACUGUGCUGUUCGACGAUAGGGCCCAAACUUCAUAGUCACGGCGGUGUGCAGACCAGCUUGUUCCUGUGCCCAUUAAAAUUAUGUUAUGCGAGCAAGGACCGUCUUCUUUUUUACACUGAUUUUGCAGCUCCAAAAUGAAAGUAAUUAUGUUAAACAGGGUUAGUAAGCAUUUGGAAACACUAUAAGUUAAGCUCAUUCCAGAAUGACAUCUGUCAAUGAACCUAGCACACAUCCUUUAUCGACACUUAUUGCUAUUUCUUGCAAGGUAUGGCAGGCAUAGCAAGCACAUAGACACAUAGGCAUGUGCAUGCUACACUGCCAAGCAUAAUUGUAGUCUGGGCUUAAUGCUCUUUUAGAGGGAGCUGUGCUUUGUGCCAUUCACCAGGAAAGCAAAAAGAAACCUAGCUCUGUUCAUAUUCGAAAAAGACACAAGUUUCCUACUAUUAGGACUAGGACCACUGUAUAUAAUAUUUAAAAUGUUAAGGUUAAUGCUGCACUAUAGCUUUUAUUCUUCCUACUUGCUGGCAAGUAAGUAUGUGUGCUAUUGUCGUUUUAUGAAUGAUAGCUAAGUUACCGUCACUCGGUGCCUUUCCACUGCCCUCUUAUUUUUUUAACUAUUUCAUGAUGUUUAUCAUCUAAACAUUUUUUGUUGUAUUUUUAGAAAUACUAUAUACACGACACACACAUCAAGGCACAUGCCAAGAGUAAGAAAAGUUGACCCAAUAUAACGGGCAACUGUUGGAACUCGUUUUUUAAGCAUUGCCUAGGUUAGCCCAAGAUUGUUCACUUUUUCAUAUCGUUUUUCCGUGACCUUGAAGAAGCAAUGUUUUCUGUUGCAUUGUAGAUUAACAAUUGCACCAUCUGCCCACGAUAUUCAUACAUUGCUGACUGUGUUUAUAGGAUCUUUUUUCCCAUGUAGAAGAGUUCUUUGGCCGCAAGUCUAUGAUGACUAAACAGAGGGUUUCAUUUCUAUUCGGUCACUUGCAGGACCAACCAAACUGUCUCAUGCUGUAAGAAAUGGAAUACCAACCACACAUACCACACAUAAGUUUGAAACUUUUUGAGUCAUUUCCAAAUGUAUUUAUCCUCAUGCCUUCAUUUAAUUUCCGAGAGGUUUUGCUUUUUGCUCCUUAACAUAGUUUGUGUACGCAUCGAGUUGGAUGAGCACUUAGAAAGGAUCGUACGCAGGUGUGAAAAUGUUGAAUGAAUUUUAGCAGUGCUAGCUGUUUUGGUAAGUGAACAAAUUCACAAGGAAAGGUAUUUUUCAUGCUCACCCAUGCCAGCAAUAUUCUUCUUGACCACGGAUGAAAAUGUCAGCUGCGCUUUUACGAUGCCCAAGCCCUCCACAAGACAUGUCUGUCAAUUUCUUGGAGGUCACCCUCCUCUGUCGAAAGUAGUACUCAGUCACUGGCCAAUAAUUUGGACUAUGCAAGGGCUACGUAAUGUCAGAAUAAUUAGGAGUCCAAAAUAAAGGUUUGUUUGAGAACAAAUGCCUUUAUUCCACAAGUGGCAAAGUGGCCAGAAAAGCUUGUCACCGUGUUGCUGCACGGCCAUAUGCUUGCUUGCACACGGCCGCUCUGUCGGUAUCUAUACCAUUGUCAUGCUGUGUUUGUAUUCGGCAAAAAUACAGUCGGUUCACGCGUCAUACUUCCAUCCCGUGGCAGUGCGAACGGUUGUCAACCACGCUCCAACAGCCAGAUUAUUUACAGGCUUCUUCAGUGUUGUUGAUAUUGAAAUCCAAGAAAGGCAGAAGUUCAGGCGAAGAUGGAAGCUUGAAGAGAUGAAAAUUCGCGAACAUGGGGUGUCGCUGGAGCUGGCGUUUCGACAGGUGGACUUGUCUUCUUCAAGGCUGCAGUUUUGAAGAAAAGUCCACUUGUCGAAGCGUUGGCUCCAGCGACACCCCACGUUCGCGAAUUUUCAUCUCUUCAGUACUAUUGUUUCAUAGCACUCCCUUCACCUAUUAGCUCCUUCAUUGAUGCCAUUUUAAGAAUAAUUGUUUAGUAACUGUGCAUAUAUAAAGGGAUUAAAAGGAAACCCAAGUAGCCACAACUUUCUUACUCUAACCAGCAGAUGCUCUUCGUGCCUGCUGCUUGCGUUAUUUGUGAAGGAAGCACAGCUGCUAGCAGACAUGGCAUGUGUAUAUAAUAUAUUGCAAUCUUCAGUCGGGGGGACAUUUCUGCAUCCUGAUAGGCUGCAGUUGCAUGACCCCAGUGUUUCAUGCGUUUCAUGCUCUCUUGUUUCAUAUGAGAAUUGCUUGUAACAUUGCAGAAGGUGCAACAUAUUGGGAGAACUUCUAUCAAUCGUAAAAGAAGAAAAAUGUUUGCACUGCAAUCCAGCAUAGGCGUUCGUGUGGGCCGAGACAUUCCUGAGCUUGUCUUCAUAGGCAAGCAAGGACAAGCUGUGUUGAGUAAGAGCAAAUGCGCAAAAAUAACGGCAAUAAAAAAGAGAGUCGCCCAGACAUGGUUUGCACUGCGUCCAGGACAAAAGUGCAGAAUGUUUAGUCUCUUAAAGCAAGCACCAUCCUGACUACUCAUAGCUAACACCAUUGCAGUGGGAGCUUGAAGGCUUAAAGGGACCCUGAAACGGUUUUGACAAUUUUGUACGAACACAUUGGGCCGGUAGAGCAAGUUGUAAGGAUCAUAUACAGACCGAUUUAAGCUAUGUGUGUAAUUUGUGUAAUUUUUUAGAAGGCUUUAAAGCUGCGAAUCGCCACCGAUCACGGCGGCUCAGCUGUGAUCCCCGCCCACUUCCAGUGCGUGUCGCACUGGAAGCGUGACGUCACGCAGGCGGCUGAUCUGAUUGGAUAUGUCCAGUCCACGUCACUGAACCUCCUGUGGGCAACGAGCGUCGUCUGCCUGUGUUACAACGUGCUCUGUGUUGACGUGAGCUGAGCGACAGUGUUUAUCUCGAGGUUUCUUUUCUUGGACAAAAUGAAUUGCCCUAGCCGUGUUGUGUACCACAUAUCUAGCAAUUGGUGACUUGUGGCUGCGACAUCGUGAAAUGUUUGUGAGGCAUCUGGCGAGCGAAAUCCCUUCAGCUCGUUGCUGCAAUGAGCGUCGCGCUCUCACUAUCCGUUCAACGCCACAAUCCACAUGUCUGUGGCUGUAACUUCACCCCUGAGGACACAACCACAUUGCCAGGGUUUACGCUUAUCGGUGAUCGUUCUUGAAUUCUUUUUGUUUGUCCGCAUGCUUUUGCAGGUUGUUGCCGUACAGGAGAAUAAAAUAAGAUCGACUGGUAGUGUAGCGGCACCUGUCGGAGCAAAUAUUAACCACUCCGCGAGCGGCGUGCUGCCGGGCAUAGAGUUUCCUACAAUACUUACUAGAGGGAACUCUGGUGCUAAUGUCUAUGGGAGCUGCAAUGCAUGGCGCUUCAGCCAGCAUGGGAAUGAUGGGUAGUACACGGAUUUGUCUAAACUUCGUACUUUCGGCUCCGUUGGCGUCGCCUGCAUCCGCUUUGUCGUAAGAUGAAGUUCAGCAAACGUUCAAUAGUUCCACUUCACCACUUUUAGAUGCGAAGUAUCUUUAGGUGGAGCUCAAUCCGAUGGUGGUGUGCGGCGUGACCACCCUUACUGCACAUGCGUAUACCCUUCUACACACCUUCCUCUCCACUCCCCCUCACCAUUCCUCCUGUCAUCUACCCUCUCCCAUUUCCCAUCUCCCCUUCCCCUCUCCGCUUUCCCUCUCCCCUUCCCUUUUCCACUCUUCCUCUGAAACACGGGCUAGACAUGCCGAAAUUCUCUCCUGCGCAACGCCGCGAUGAGCUCGAGCGCAUGCACGUCCCCUCCCCUUCUCUCUCCUCUCCUACGCUGCCCCCUCUCGCCCGCCUGUCGACCGCGUUCCCCGCUCGCCCUGUGAGAAUUAACGGCCAGGCUAGAUAGAAGAUACGACGCGCGUAGCGCCGCUCUUCGCGUUCCACGACGCGAGCUCGGUAGCAUGCCCAACAAACGCCAACGGAACGAGAUCGUGCAAGUGCUCCGGCUUCGCAUCUACUCAUGGUCCCCUUUAGCGGGAGAUGGUGUAAUUUUUUAGGCUCACCAAUUCAAAUCUGGUCACGAAGUUCACAACGAUCCAUUCUUUUAUCUGAAAAAAAAAAAAAAACACGGCAAUAAACAAAGCCACAAGUGCGUUCGAAGCCCGCAAGUACAAAGACUAGGCAAAUCCGUGUACUACCCAUCAUUCCCAUGGUGGCUGAACGAUUGCAGCGCCAGAGUUCCCUCUAGUUAAUUUUAGGAAACUCUAUGCUGCCGGGCACACUGGGCCUCCGAGAUUGCGCGCAACCUGUCAGCGCGCAAUAUCGGAAGCCACGACUGGGCGAAGCUCAAACCGUCGAGUGCGCUCAUGACAGCGCUGCGAUUGCCGGCGAUGCCAGUGUUUCUUGUGAGUUGAGGGUGCAAGGCAUGGUGAGGAGGAGGGUGUAUAUAUAACUGUCCGUAGUGGCCUUGGUACACGGUGCGUCGCUUAAUUUCUGGUGCAAAUGAUUUAGGGAUGCUCUUGCCUAAACGCUGACAAAACUUCAAAAAACCGUUUCAGGGUCCCUUUAAUGUAGAACUUGAUUAUGGGCUUGGUUGUAAAUAUGAGUAUGAAAAUGCUAUGAAUGGUGUAAGGCUGUUGCUGGUGAUUGUUCGGGCAUUCCAAGGUGUGAUCAUUUUUGUUUCGUCUUUUUGUAAGUUAGCAACUUAAGAUGUAUAAGCAGGUUAUAUGGCCAUGAAAUUGUCUUUUUGCUGUAGCUGAUGCUAACACCUGUGCUUUUUCAUUCUGCUGAUGUCUAACUUAGAGCAGAACCCAAGGUGAACUUACCUUAUCACUAGGAAGUUGAAGCAUAGCAUAAGUGGCACCAUGUUGCAUGCUUCCACUGCUUUUAGAAUUUGACACGAGGCACUAGCAUUUGCAAAGGCAGUUUACUGUGGGAAACAUCAUGCCCUAAUAGACGUGUGUUCUGAUCUACCAGGCAGUCACCCCUCACUAUUUGGUCCAUUCAUUCUCAACACAUGCUUGGUCUUGCUCUAUAUUUCUGCCAUGAUGCCUCGAAAGCAAAGUAUUAGUGAAAAAUGCACUCUGUUUUGAAGAUUCAUUCUCGAUUUCUUAGUACUUUAUGCUUGAUGCAGAAGACUAUGAACUAUGCAUGUUUACUUGUGCAGUAGAUACCCCAGCCUAAAUUUUAUGAUGAUCAUCAUUAUUUGCAGAAAAGCAAAGUGCAGUCAGUGCCACCAAGGUUGAUGCUAUGCAGAUGAAAAUUAAGCAGUGGGUUCGGUUGACAAUCGGUGCUUUGAGUUGAUGCCCUGGUGGCAUCAACUGUGGGACUCACCUUCGUCGUUUGCUAUGCUCCAACUGUAAUAGCUGCACUUUGCUUCAUUUUCUCGUGCUUCCAGCCCAUGCCUGCACAGCAUGGCACCCGUCGAUUCCUGUCAGUUUUUUUUUUUUUUCUUGUGUGCAAAUUUGAUAGAUGUCAGUGUUACGAAGCCAGUAAAAUAAUGGCUAUACUAUAUAUUAGAUGUAACCACAGCAGUCGUGGUGAGGGACACAACCUCAUGACUCUUAUCACAAAACAUAACACUGAGGGAGUUAGCCUACACAGCUACAACCGAAUCACCAUCUUGGGUUAUGAAAUUGCGUGGGUUAUGAAAUUUUAUGUAGAAUAAGUAACAGUCCAGCUGAAUGAAAAUAUACAUCGCUCAUGAUCCCAGUCAUUUUAUACUAUACAGUUAAAGGAGUACUGAAACGAUUUUGAAGUGCAGCAAAACGGAUGUUUUUGGUUUCCUUGGCAUGUAUAGUGUUAACGCUCUCCCCACACCACCUCCGGGAAACACGUAUAAAUAUUUAAGUUUGACUUUAAAGUUUUCAUCUCCCAGCAUCUGCAAGGCAGCUUCACCACAUGGAGAGCCCUAUGACGUUUCAAGUCAGCUCACUUGGUUUGCGAAGUCUGGGUUCUGCAUGCAGCCUAAAUCACAGAAAUCGCUGUCGGAGGCACUCGACGACAGUUCACUCAUCAUUAACCACGUUCGACUAACAGCAAAGGACAGCAGGUGCAUAUUUCGUGGGUUGCAGUCUGCCCGUGACGUCACGGGCAGACUUGACACGUCACUACGCAGCCGCCCUCUCGAAACCGAAACCGAAACUGCUGGUUGAAAGGAGCGGUAUUAAAAAUAUAUGCAAUGCAUUCCCAGGUGCCACGACACUCUUUUUAGGGUUCUCGACACCCGUGCUUUCAUUUAGAGUAACAACCCGAAAAAUUUUAAAAUUCAUGUCAGUACUCCUUUAAAGCAUUUGCUGAUAAAAAAAAUAUGAUAGUUUCACUGACAAGCGAUUACCCUCGAAUAGCAGCUGCAGGUUUCGUAAGGUAUAGUGUUGUAGGAUAUUCCAUGCACAUUGGUACAAACUUUCAGACUCGUGAGGUUUGAAAAGCGUGAAUAGGGCAAGUUGGCCGAGUAAGUGAGGCAAACUUUGCUUAUGGAGCAUGUGCACAGUGCAGUAGAAUAGUUCUCCAGCUGAUGUCGUGCAAAAGGUCACCACUCAAACUUCUCGUGAUUAAUAGCAGCACAGUCUACAGAGUUCAGCUUGCAUCAUUUAAUUUCUGCAUGUUACUUUCACUUUGCACAAUACCUGUGAGCAUCUUUUUUGACCAUUUGUAUACUGGGAACCUUACCUUUUCAGUUAUUCCUCUCUGAAUUACAAAUAGCCAGUGGCCACAUUGUGCCUUGCACUCCAAGCAGUGUGAGUGCUGCUAUACCACAAGAAACUGCCACCACACUGCGUUCUUUCAUUUUCGUAGCAGCAUGUUUGUUUUCAUUUGUUUUGUGUUGCUGUGUGUGUGAUGUGGUAUGCUUGAUAGAUGUGCAGCAGCGCACCAGUGACAUCUUUAUUGCAGCAUAUACUUUGUGAUGUGUGCAAUCAUAGAAUUAUGUAUCCAACGACGUAUAGCAAAGCCCAUUGUACAUGAUGAGUCAUGGCUGCAUCAGUGUUACUCAGUAGUGCCUCACAAUGUUCUCCUGUACCUCUUCUGGCUUGAGGAUUCUGCAUUUUGUAUGUGCUCAGUUGCCUGUUUGGUGUAAUGUCUCCAAUGCCAUAAAAACAAACCACCUUGUCACUCGUACUGAAGUGAAGUGUUUUUGUUUGUGUAUCUUCUUUGCAGUAGUGGACCUAGCCUAGCCUGACUUGAUGCUUUGCAUUGCGACUCCUUUAAUAUCUUAGACUUUUCCUCCAGUAACCUGCUCAUGUUGCCUUAAAUAUAUUUUCGGUCCAUCGCAGAUAGAAUA